CAUUUACAACCACCUCGCAUCACUGACACAUCGUUCCAGCUGAUCAGCCUUUUUCUGCAUCCUAUUCUAAAUGACUUCUCUACCGCAUUCUCCACCUCAAAAAGUUACUCGCAACGAACCAGAAAAUGAUAAUCCGUCUUCGCCACCUCCGUCACCUAAACGAUCUUUUGCUUUCACCGACGAGGCAGAUCAUACUCCAAGUUCUCUUGGUUAUUUUAAACGUCGCCACGUCUACAGUGAUGGCGAAGCCACUAAACGAGCACCGCUUGAUCCCUUGUCAUCUUCAGAGAUUGAUAACAGGCCAUACAAAGAUCCAAGAUGGUCAGAAACAUCAUUACACUCCCUUGCCACUGCCCCUGAACUGCGAUCGUGUGAUGCAAACCCUAGCAUCCCAAAAAACGAAAUUGAGGAUGAAGCCAUAUAUUCACGGCUGCCUGCUGUUCAGAGUGGUGAUGCUGAUAGUACUGUUGGAAGUAGUCGCAGAGAACGCCCCCCACUCACACGUGGUGCAAGGUAUAGCUCCGAUGUACAGGAAUCGGUUUGUGCCUCAGCGGCCGAAUUGGCAUUAGGGUGGCCAUCACCGUCAAGGAGCCAGUCUGACCUCACCUCAUCAGAGCGUAGGGCGUCGUCUCGCGAGCGGAAUGUAGACAAGGUGACACAACCCAUCAGAUCAUCUGCUCCUUCCAUGCCAUACGACCGGAGUCCUCGUCGGGAUCUGUGGAAGGCCGAAUCCCCAUCCGACGAACCUGUGCGGACGGUUUACGGCCUCAUGGACAACCGUGAUUCAAUAUUUGAUACUCCUGUGCCACCUGGACUUACAAGACGCAGGGGAUCCGUGCCCGAUAUAACUGGAGUCCGCUCUCGGUCACCGACGUCAGGCAGUCUAGCACUGUGUGCCAAUAAACCCUCCAAAUACGAGCGACCCACAGGUGCCGAACAAAGCAGAGUAGUGUCGAUGACACGGCGAAGAUCCAAGUCGUUGCCUCCUGCACAAUUACAGCCGUCUUCAUCAAGUGAUACAGGUAAUAGUACCGAAAGACACCAUUUCCAUCUUGAUUCCAUUGGUACAUGGCAUGGUACCUACCUCCCGGGAGAUCCGCUUACUUGUGGCGUAUUGGAGGAAUACCCGUCUGAUCUACCAAUCACUGGUGGUGAAUUCUAUCGUCUUUUACGACAAGCUCAUUACAAUAAACAUGCUUCAAAUAUUUUUUCUCCUCUCAACCCCCUCCGAAACCCACGGCCCAGCUCCUCCCUAACUACCAAUGCAACUUAUCGGUACUUCUUUCCAUCUAUUCAAGAUAUACCUGACAAUCGAUCAAAAUUUAAACGAGGACCAGAGCCGCGGGUCAGAACUAUCUGCGAACGCCGCCAGCCGCGAGCAGUAGCAUUGGAGUGUACGCACUGCCAGGAAUGCCAACGCGAUACAUUAUGUAAACGGCUGUUGGUCAAGGAUUAUCGACGCAUGCGCCGUGCUGCCAGGAAGUUGAGGACCACUUCCAACGUGCACAAGCCGUUAAGCUCGCCCGCCUGCAAAAUUGAUGAAGACGAAAAAAGUCUUUGCAAUGAGGUGACAGCUGCCACUUCCCCCGAGCCCUCCCCGGGCAGCCCUCGCUUGCGAGACUUGGAUGACUUUGGUAAUGACGACGGUGACUACCCGGAGAUACCGGAUGAGGUUCUGCUUUCGGGCGAAGAAGAUGCGAAGCUUGGGACUGGGGAAUUCACCCGCUGAAGCUUGAUUAGUACUAUGCAUUGCAUCAAGUACGAAUGUUUGUAUCAUUACUUCACACGAAUUUUCUAUUUGUAUAUCAUUCUACCAUUUCAACUCA